UUUUUACACUCCGAGAGCUUAACGUGCAUGUAUCAAUGAGCGAUACAGAAUUAUUUGUGUUAAGUGCAGAAGAAAUAGAAGUUGGGGGCGGGUAGUUAAUAUAGUUAACCCCCGCCUCGUGGAAUGGAUUCUCAACCUCCAAGAUGCAACAGUUGCCAGAUUCCGAUGUGGAGCCUCCGCUGAUCCAGGAGACGUUUCCUGCGCUUUGGAGAAUGGUGAAGGACGGUACUGGUGACAAUUUGGACCCAAUGGAGUUCCCUCUCCAACCCCCUGCGCACGAGGGGAGCAGCCGUGGAGUAGAAGCAAGCAGAGGCGGGUUCCUGGUGCUGGAUUCGAUGCUCCCGAACAUGACGUCUUCCAACCCUCCCACCAGUGACUACACGGGCGAGCACAGUUUUCAGGAGGUCUUUCUGAAGUCGGGAACAGUUGGAUCCAUCACCUCCCCCGACCUGGACCUCUAUCCAGAUUUUGAUUUUGAUCUGCAGGACCCCGUAGAGUUCCCUGCCCUGCCCACUGAGCAGGAGAGGGGCAGCCAUGGGGUAGAGGCAUGUGGAGGGGGGUUCCCGGAGCUGGAUCCAAUGCUUCCAAGCACAACGUCUUCCCCUCCAUCCACCACCGACUAUGCCGGCGAGCACAAUUUCCAGCUGGAAUUCCAGAAGUCGGGAACUGCCAAAUCCGUCACCUGCACCUACUCGCCAACCCUCAAGAAGAUGUUUUGCCAGAUGGAAAAGACCUGCCCAGUCCUCGUGAAGGUGUCCAGCCCGCUGCCUCCCCGCACCGUAAUCCGCGCCACGGCUGUCUUCAAGAAGCCCGAGCACCUUUCCGAAGUGGUGAAGCGCUGCCCGCACCAUGAGCGCACCAGUGAGGACAAGAACACAGCUCAGCACCUGAUCCUUGUGGAAGGAAACCAGCAGGCCUGCUACUUCUUGAAUCCGAAUACCCAGCGCCAUAGUGUUGUCGUCCCCUACGAGAUCCCCCAGGUGGGGACGGACUACACCCCGGUCCUGUACAACUUCAUGUGCAACAGUUCCUGCAUGGGGGGCAUGAACAGGCGCCCCAUCUUGGCCAUCAUCACCCUGGAGACGCCCCAAGGGCUGCUCCUGGGACGCCGCUGCUUUGAAGUCCGGGUUUGCGCUUGUCCUGGGCGGGACCGCAGGUCGGAAGAGGAGAGCUUCCUGAAAGCCUCUAGCUCUGGCGGAAAACCCAAACGGGCUCUUCCGCCAGACAGCCGUUCUGAGCCUUCCAAGAAACGUGUUGCAGGAACUUCCAAGGACAAUGCGGACAAUGAGAUUUACACUCUCCAGAUCCGUGGGCGUGAGCGCUACCUCAAGCUGAAGGAGAUCAACGAUGCCUUUGAAUUCAAAGACUCGAAACUCCAAGAGGAGUCCAGGAGCCGAUGCAAGCCGGCCAAAGGGCUCCUGAAGGCUCGGAAGCAGGAGAAAGUGCCCUCUCCGUCCCAUGGGAAGAAGCUAAUGGUGAAGGACGAGUCGCAGGAUUCCGACUAGUCCCUCCGUCUCUCCCCCACCCUGUGGCUGACUUUGAGCCUUUUCCUUCUCCCUCCCCACCCCUCCUCUGACUCGUCUUUCUAGAAGAAGACUAGAAAACAAUGUGCAAAAGGAGGUAUCUCUCUCUUGGCCCAAAGGAAGAGGGAAAGGAGGGUGGGCUGAGGGUGGGCUCUUGAGGCCCAUCUCCCGCUGACACUGCUGCCCGUAUGACUGAGCAGGGAUAACUCUCUUGCCCCUCCCCUCCUGGUCAGUAGAAACAUCUCCGUUAUCCCAGUAAUGGAGGGUAUCCCUUUAAAUGGGUUGUGAUGCCCACUCACUCCAUGAGACAGGAUCCCAUGACCCUUCUCCCUUCCCAUGCUGCCUCAGUGUAGCUCCGCCCCAGUUUCGAUCCUGUCUCGCUCCAACAUGGAUCUCACUUGAGCAGCUCCAGCCUUUUUUCGCCUUCACGGCCUUCCACCUUUCUCUUAAUUUUUUUCCACUGCUGCCUUUGCCUUCAUUCCCUCCUCAACUGCCCUUCUUUGGACUCCUUUCCUAAAAAUUAAAUAUAAUAAUAAAAAACAUCUCUCUUUUACUUCUACGUUCGCUUUCCAUCUGCCUGCCCUCUCUCCCCGCUGCUAUUCUUCUCUCUUGAGACCAUGCAGCAACGAGGACCCACGCCCUCCCUCUCGGACUAGGUUGAUGAGAGGAAUGAUUAGGAUGCACAGGGAUCAUGUUUGUGCAGCCCAAAAGACGAGCCUAUCAGGCUCCAUCUCAGGAGUGGCUAGGCUCUGCAAGCCAUAGACGCUGACAAUCUUCAGUGUCCAGAACAGACUCCGCAUCAGUAAGAGCUCCGCAUUCAAAAGCGCCUGGCACCCUUCCUGAUUUUUUUUUUUUUUUUAAGCUUACCUAAAGACAUUCAGGACCAGCUGGCGGUUCCUCUGGUCGGUGCACCAGUGGCAUCUCUGAUCUCAGGUGCGGUCCUCUCUGAGGAGGGGGAGAAUGUCUCAUGUCACCUGAGGAUAGGAAGAGCGACUAUAUAUUGAGGAAGUCACACAAAGCUUCAGCCUACGCCCUUAAGUCAUCGGCUGCUACUUCAGUUUUUGCCAGACCCUCCUUGGUAUGGGUCAAAGACCUACUGGGGCAGCUACUCCCGGGCCAGCAUAAGCUCAAACAGGGCCUAUCCAGGAUUUCUAAGGCAGCAGCCUUCAUGGCAGACGCCAUCCUAAAUUCCAUGUAAUACUCGGCACCAUAUUCCCUGCAAUAUUUGGGCCAUUGUGGCGGAUGCAGUGGUACAUAGGGAGCUAUUGCUUAAGUCUUGGAAUGUUGACUUUAAAUCUAAAAUUUCACGGUGCCAAACUAUUUGGGGCUUUUUUCGAUCAAGUGCUGGUGGAAACUAGAGAAAAAGCCCAUGCUGUCAUCUCCGGUACCAUCUCUGGACUCUAGACCUUUCGUUCUGGCAGAGCCACUUACAACAACUCACGUGACUCCGGCUGCACCCGCCCAGCCUGAUGCCAACAGUGGGGCUCCAAAUUCUCACAGUCCAACAGACCUAGCCAGCCAAGUCAGACAUUCAACAACCAAUUACCUGUUCAGAACUUUGGCUGAAAGCAGACCCAGCAAUGACGUUGGACCACCACCUGUAGGGGGAUGGCUCUCAGAAUUCAUUCAACACUGGUGCCUCUCCACACAGGACACCUGGGUCCUGAACACUCUUCAGGAUGGCUACUCCCUGGACUUCCAAUCUUCGCCGAGAGAGAUCUUCAGAUCCACACCCCCACCCCCAAACACGCCCUGAUGUUGCAAGCCAUCCAUCAUCUCCUGCAACUCUGCAAUAGAACAAGUUCCAUCAACAGUCAUGGCAGGGUGUUUACUCGGUUUUAUUCUUAGUUCAAAAAAAGGAUGGUUCUUCGAGGGCCGUGUUAGAUCUGGGGAGUCUCAACAAGUUCAUAAAGAAAUGCAAAUUCCAGGUGGAUACCCUGCGGACCAUCGUCCAGGCCAUCCAGAACUGAGACUUCUUGACAGUAGAUCUCCAGGACACCUAUCUCCACAUCCCGAUCUUCACUCCCCAUCACAGGUUCUUGAGGUUUGCCUUCAUGAGCAAACACUAUCUGUACCUGGCACUACCCUUUGGGCUCUCAUCCACCCCCAGGUUAUUCACCAAACUAUUGGUAGCGCUGGUUGCCCACAUGUGCCUUCAGGGCCUUCAUAUUUACUCCUACUUAGACGAUCGCCUGGUCAGGUUGUGUUCUCUCAGUCAAGCCCAGGCGGACAUUCACCAAGUCACAAGCUACAUACGCUGAUCCAGGCAGUUCAACCACAUCAACAGGCUGACCUAAUGACCCUAGUUCAACUGCUGGGCAGCAUGAUAUCCUGCCUCAACGUUGUCCCGUGGGCCAGGUGGCAUUCCAGGCCUCUCUAGUGGGCCCUCCUGCCUUUUUUGGAAGGGCGGUAUAGAAACGAAUGAAUGAAUAUCAAGACAAUAUUCCGGCCACCAAACACAUCCCAGUUCCCCUGCAGCGUUCUCUUCAUCGCUCCCUGAACUCGUGGUCAUCACCGGCCUUGGACAGGGGCACUCCCCUCAAAGUCCCACUAAGGAAGCCAGCCAGUGCCAUCAGUUGGAUGGAGCUGAGAGCCAUCCGCCUGGCCCUUAUCCACUUUGCAGAUAACAUAGCAGGUUGCCACAUCUUGAUACAAACAGACAACGUGGCUACCAAGACGUACAUCAACAGACAGGGUGGCACACGUUCAUAGUCCCUCAUGGAGGAAACCAGAACGUCACCUAGCAUCUCUCCAGGCGGAACAUUUGCGGGGGACAGGACAACACACAGGCCGACUGGUUUAGCAGACAUCAUGUAGAUCAGGUGGAGUGGCACCUCGACCCGGAAGUCUUGCAGAUGAUCUCUUGACAUUUCAACCACCCAAACCUUGACCUCUGCAUGACAACAGCGAGACUCCAGCCUUCUUCACCAGGUACCAGCGCCCUCAGGCAUCAGGGACAGACUUCCUGGUGACACCUUGGCCCCUGGGUCUCAACUAAGCAUUCCCGCCCAUAGCACUUAAUUCCACGCAUCUUGCAGUGGUUCGGAGAACAGCAUCACCCUCUUAUUCUGUUGGUACCAUUCUGGCCCAGACGACAGUGGUGUCACCGCUGGAACUUCCAAAUCAUCGAGACCUUCUCUCAGGAGCCACUAUUCCAUCCCGAUCUGUCCUGGCUUCAUCUUCAUGCCUGGCUACUGAGCGUGCCAUUCUAGCAGCUAGAGGCUACUCCAAGCGAAGGGACACCAGGACACCAUUCUCUCAGGACACCAUUCUCUCCUUCCACCGACAAUCUAUGAUACAUAUCUACCAGACAAUGUGGUCCCUUCUGAAAUGGACUAAGUCUAGACGUAUCGACCCCCUCAAAACAACUGUGGCAUAGCUCUUGGACUUUCUACAAGCGGGCCUAGACCAAGGUCUUAAACCAGCUACCUUAAGGAGACAGGCCUCAGCACUCUUGUCUGUCUUAACGACCGCAGGCCAAGGACUCUCUCAGUGCACCCAGAUGUCAAACGUUUUCUCACAGGAGCAUCUAACCUUGCCCCACCUGUUGUCCAUAGGUUCCCUACCUGGAAGCUCAACAAAGGUGCUCAGUGCUCUCACUCAGGCACCCUUUGAACCUUUACACUCUACGUCACUGAAGUUCCUCACCUAUAAGGUACUUUUCUUGGUGGUUAUCACUUUUGCCAGGAGGGUGUCAGAGCUGGGUGCAAUCUCCAUGCGCAAACACCUCUGUGUUUUUCAGCAGGACUCAGUGGUCCUAAAACCAGACCCAUCAUUCAGGCCCAAGGUCAAUUCCUCUUUUCAUCGUAACCAGGACAUCACUCUGCCGUCUUUCUGCCCCAAACUCAUCCAUCGUAAGGAGGUCCUGUGGCAUACUCUGAAUGUCAGACAAGCACUGAAGAUCUACCACCGCCGGAUGAAAGCGAUCCGGGGCACUGACUCCUUGUUUGUAUCCUUCCAACCAUCCAAAGCUUCCUUGGCAUGAUGGAUUAAAGCCUGCAUCACCAUCACCUAUGAAUCACUUAAUCUGACUCCACCUCUCAGAAUUACUGCACAUGCUACCAGGAGCGCUGCUUCCUCAGCAGCUUUCUCGGCUAAUGCACCAAUCGAGGAUAUUUGCAAAGCCGCUACCUGAAUGUCCGUAUCACCGUUUGUGAGACACGACAAGCUUUCAGUGCAUCAAUCUGCCCAAGCAGCCUUCGGGUGCAAGGUGCUUCAGCAAGUGGGCUCAGUCUGAACUCUCUCUUUCCUUCCUCUAACAUCGCUUCCCUCCCUCUGACAACUGCUUUGGUAUGUCCCAUUUAAAGGGAUAUCCUCUGUUACUGGGAGAGAAAGGAACAUUGGUAGUUUUACCGUGAAGGUUCUUUCUUCCCAGGAGACGGCGGGUAUCCGACCUGCCCGUGAAGGUGGGUCUGAUCUGAUUCGGCUGAUCUGGCGACUUGAUUGGGUCUUUCCCUGUUGUUCCUUCCUGGAAUGUUUGGACUGUUAUGUCUUUGGUUACUAACGCUUUGUCUCAUGCUUAUGAUUGAAUCUCUACCUGCUCUUCACUCUGUUGCAUGCUGCUCUUCCGUCGAUUUCUCUGCCUCACAUAGACCUCCCCGUACAUCUCUGAAGCUGGAGCUCUCCCUCUCGGCACAUUGCCGCCAAACAGCCGCGGAACUGGUGAGGAGCUAACUCCAAGGCAGCAUGGGAAGGCUGAAAGGCCACGCGAUCCUGUCUCAUGGAGCGAGUGGGCGUCGCAGCCCAUUUAAAGGGAUACCCUCCGUCUACUGAGAAGAAAGAAGCUUCACGGUAAGACUGCCAACGUUCCUCUCUCAUGGGAGGUGGCUCCUUCCCCUAAGGCCAGAGGUUCUCAAUCUUGGGUCCCCAGAUGUUGUUGGACUCCCAUCCUAUCGUCCCCAGCCAUUGUGAUGGAAUGAUGGAAGCUGUAGUCCAAAACCAUUUGGGGGUCCAAGGUUGAGAGACCCUGUGUGAGUCCCUCCUCUGUAGGGAGGCCCACAUUCCAAUGGGCUGAGACAGGUCACUGCCAAAGCCAUGCACCUUGUGUUGCCUCCCCCCUGCACCCCACCCUUAAGACUCAUUCUCCCGGGUGGCCCCCACCCCACCCCCUUUCCGUCCCAUCCCGUCUUCCUCCGACAACUUUCCCUCACCUCUUGCUGACAUACUUCCUUUCUCUGGGCAGCUGUUUGGGAUUGGGAUAUGGGGUGCUUUCGCCAGCACUUUCUUUUCUGAGUGGCCUGCAUCUAAAUCAGGGUUCUCAACCUUGGGUCCCCAGAUGGUGAUGGACUACAACUCCCAGCACCCCUUUGGCCAUUGCGGCUGUGAAGGGUGGGAGUUGCAGCUCAGCAACAGCUGGGGCCCCAAGGUUGAGACUUGAGCUGCUGAGCAGGCCCUUGCUGUACUGUGACCCCCGACCCCAAAGGGUCAUGAAGCUCCCUUUCACGCAGCUGCUCAUGUUCUUCACUGAGCACUGAGAACCUUUGAGGGACCCUUUUUUAAAAAAAAUGAAAGUUUUGCUGCUUGAUAAUCCUGAAUUAUACAAUGAAUUCAGGAUUACCAAAUGCUGUGCUUUCUUAGUAUCCUGACCGCAAUCCCCCAGGUGCGUGUUUGAGGUCCAAGAACAUCUGGGAACCCUAAAGCAUUACCAGUGCAUGUAUUAGAAGAAGACCCAGUUCUAUUUUAUGUAGCCAUAGGUUGUGGGUCGGGGAAGGUCUGCGGAUUGGGAGAAAUAUUUCCCUAAAUAUUUGGAGGCUGGCCUCUAGGGCAGACCCUCUCCCUCACUACACAGCAACCCCCCUUACCCCCAAACUAAAAUGCUGCUCUUGGCCCCCCCCCGGCUUGGCCCCCCCCAUAAACUUUCCUCUGUUGGCUCCCUCCUGCUACACCCCCUCCCCAGUCCAUUUCUACAAUUACUCUUUCUUGAAGGUUUUUUGUAUGCUUAUUUUUCAGUUUUUUAGACCCCCUUUUUAUAAUAAAUAAAAUAUCCUUUA